AUGGAGCCGAUGGAACAGUCUUUGCCUACUUCGGCGGGGAAAUCCAAACUACAGAAACAUUUAUGGAGAGUGCAGUAUGAUGUCAACAGAACUAUCCCUGUAGCCGAUUUCUCAGGUCUGGCUGUGAUAGACUGGGAAAGUUGGAGACCCAUCUUUGAUAGGAAUAUGUACGACAAAUCACAGGUGAUGUAUAUCACGAAAUCAGAGGGUCUAGUCAGACAAUACCAUCCCACGUGGAAUGAUUCUCAGGUGAAGAUAGAGGCUCGGAAAGAAUUUGAAACAGCUGGAAGAUUGCUAAUGAACCAGACAUUAUGGAAAGCAAAAGGGAUACGUGGGAAUGGCAAAUGGGGAUAUUAUGGAUUUCCACGGUGUUACAACUACCGGCUAGGACAAGAUCAAUGCGCCAACGACACAAUACAAUAUAAUAAUGAACUGUCCUGGCUGUUUAAUGCUAGUUCAGCACUCUUUCCCUCGAUCUACCUGGAUAAAGACUUGUUCCCGACUAUUGAGGACAGGGCCCUAAGGGUACAAGGGAUCAUCAAGGAGUCAUUGAGAGUGAGGGAGUCGCUACUAUGCCGUAAUUGCAAACCGAUCAGGAUGAAGCCAAUUUAUGCCUACACCAGAUAUCGGUACAGACAGGAAGACUUUUACAUUACCCCUGACCUGGAGAAUACUAUUGGCCAGUCCUUUGAUGCUGGGUUGGAUGGUGUGGUAGUGUGGGAUAGCUCCUCAAACCUCAAGAACAAGUCUGAUUGUCUUUCUCUGAAGGACUACUUAGAACAGACACUUGGGCCCUAUAUCAAUACCAUUACCAGCUUUGCAAGCCAGUGUCAUACAAAGUGGUGUAAUCGUCAUGGACACUGUGUUCGAACAACUUGGCCUACAAAACAGAACAGAACUACAGACUUUCAAGUGGGUUCGGACUUACAGACCAGACGUGAAUUCUCAAUGUAUCAGUGUGUCUGUUCCCAGCCAUGGACUGGACAACAUUGCGAUCAGCAAACAUGA